AUGGCGGAGAAAGAAGUCCCCCUCACGGCCGUCAAGGUCGAGGCCUUGGUGGUCAUGAAGAUCAUUAAGCACUGCUCCCAGACUUUCCCGACGACUGCGACCGGUUCGAUCGUCGGUAUGGAUGCCGAGGGUACCCUCGAGAUCACCAACUCUUUCCCGUUCCCCGUGGUCGAGAUGCCCGCCGAGUCGCACUUUGACAACACCGCGCCCAACCCGGCCGCCGCCGCUCCUCGCGCAAAGGCCAACACUGUCUACCAGGCUGAGAUGAUCCGCAUGCUUCGGGAGGUCAACGUCGACGCCAACAACGUCGGCUGGUACACCAGCGCCAACAUGGGCAACUUUGUCAACAUGAACGUGAUCGAGAACCAGUACUUCUACCAGAAGGAGAUGAACGAGCGCACCGUCGCUCUCGUCCACGAUGUUAGCCGCAGUGCGCAAGGUAGCCUGAGUCUGCGCGCCUUCCGUCUCUCCCCCAAGUUCAUGGCCGCUUUCAAGGAGAACAAGUUCACGGCUGAGGAACUGCAAAAGUCUGGCCUGAGAUACCAGGACAUCUUCGUUGAGCUCCCGGUCGAAAUCCACAACUCCCACCUGAUCACGACCUUCCUCCACCAGCUCCAGUGCCCCCGCCAGUCGGCCCCGACGGAUCUCCCCCCGUCUCUCGCUGCGCUGGAGUCCGGCCCCUUCGUCAAGGACACCAUUCUGGCGCCCAACUACGACAACCUGUCCCUCAGCAUCGACCCCUUCCUCGAGAAGAACUGCGACCUCCUCCUCGACAGCAUCGAGACCCACAACACCGAGACCAACAACUUCCAGUACUACCAGCGCUCGUUCACCCGCGAGCAGACCAAGAUCAACCAGUGGAUCGCCAAGCGCAAGGCCGAGAACGCGUCCCGCGCCACCCUCAAGCAGCCCCCGCUCCCCGAGGACGAGUGGCAGCGGCUGUUCAAGCUCCCCCAGGAGCCCAGCCGUCUGGAGAGCAUGCUCAACAGCCGCCAGGUCGAGCAGUAUGCGCGCCAGGUCGACAGCUUCGUGUCGGCCACGACGGGCAAGAUGUUCGCCGUCAAGGGGAACCUGCUCCCCGGCGAGACCGCCAAAUAG